GGGCGAGAGGUGUGAUCCUGAUUCAGGUUUGGACAAGGAUACAACACCGCCGGAUCGCUCCCCAAACUACUAUUGUAAUCGUAGUCGGAUCGCUCGCCAAACUACUAUUGUAAUCGUAGUCGGAUCACCUCCUCAAUUUUCUUUUUAUCCCUCUCCCCACGCGCCUUGGAUACGCCCACGAAUUUUCGCUGGGUUCCUGGUCAGAUUACCUUCGCGUCGCUGCCGCCGCCGGCUGAUCGACACGUCGGGAUGAACAAAUUAACUCCUCCUGCCAGCCGCGGCAACAGCAGCUCAGAAGAAAGCACAUGGACACAAGAGAAGACGGUAAACAUCCCAAUCCCAGCUACAGAAGAGAAGAAGGUUCUAACUGACCACGAACAAGAACGGGGACAAGACGAAUUACAAAACCUCCUUGAUCUGGACGAAGAGUCCAUCUUGACGAAGAGCGCAUAUCUCAUUGAGAAGUUGAACACUGCUAAUUUACCAGUAUUCCUUUCUACCUAUGAUGAAAGGCAACAGGUUGAUGUCUACCACCGGCUCUCCCGGUACUACAUCGAAGCCCUUGAGUUAUCCUCUUCCGGAGAGGAACUGGAGAAUGCACGAAGGAACAAGGAGUUGGACCCUCUGCAUGUUUACGAAAAGAUUUUCCUUCAGCGCGUCAAAGAGGAUCCCGAAUGGUACUUCCAUCCUGAACAAUGCAAGCUUGCUGGCUUGGACGACUACCAGCGGCUACUGCUUCGUGAUGAUGUAGGUCAACAAUUGACUCCUCCAUGGCAAAUAUUUUAACUUCCAUUCAUGCUGACUUGAUCAAAUUUGUUUCUACAACCACAUUUAAUCUGCAUUCUGUUUAAACUACA